UGUGGCUAUGUCACGUGACCAACGAGCGUCAGGGAGGUGGUGGUUUUGACUUGCGCAGUUGACGUUUAGCUUGAGGUCUGUCGUUCACCCGAGCGACGCGUAGUGGCUGGAGUGAAGAGUCUGGAAUCUUUGGGCAUCAUCCUCAUCACCAUAAUCUCAGGGACAACAACAACACAGCAGGGCCACAAAAGCCCCCCUUUAUCCUGAUCCGAGCAUCCUCUGGCGCUUUGGGGCGGCAACCGUCAGAAAAGAUGGCCACAAUGACAGAGAGCGUGUCCAAUGGAGGAGGGCCCGUGCACGAGGACAAAGGAGAUACCCUGAGGCCCGAUGAUUUAUCGGAGAUGCUGGCCGCUGGUACCAAAGAUGUUCAUGAAAAGGCAGAGAACACGCAAUUUGUGAAGGACUUCCUCAGGGGCCGAAUCCGCAAAGAGCUCUUCAAGCUGGGCGCCGUAGCCCUCUACUACACUUACACCGCCAUGGAGGAGGAAAUCGAAAUAAACAAGGACCACCCCCAUUUCGCCCCGCUUUAUUUCCCAUCCGAGCUGCACCGCCACGAGGCCCUGGGCCGUGACCUUGAAUACUUUUACGGCCCGGAAUGGAAGAGCGAAAUCAGCUGCUCCCCGGCCACCCAGCGCUACGUGGACCGCAUCCACCAAGUGGGCCGGGAAGACCCGGCGCUCCUAGUGGCGCACGCCUACACCCGCUACAUGGGCGACCUGUCCGGGGGCCAGGUGCUGAAGAAGGUGGCGCAGAGGGCCUUGAAGCUCCCCCCCACGGGAGAGGGCGUGGAGUUCUACCAGUUUGACGCCAUCAAUAGUGCCAAGGCCUUCAAACAGCUUUACCGCAGUCGUAUGAACGAGUUGGAACUGGAUGCGGAGACCAAGAGCAGCCUGGUGGACGAGGCUGUCAAGGCAUUUCAAUUCAACAUGGAGGUUUUCGAGGAGCUGGAGGAAAUCGGCAAAACCUUUCAAGAGGAGGUUUCCGAAGAUGGAAUGCCAAUUCAUGGAGACACAGGAGGCGACAUCAGCAAAUGUCCCUAUUAUGCGUCCAAAAUGGCGGCAUCGGGUGGGAUGGCAUACGUGUGCCAGCUGGCCAUGGCCAUCCUGCGUCACCCCACUGGCCAGGUCCUCAUCGCCACGUGGUUCGCCGUAUUAGCCGGCCUGGUUGCCUGGUAUCUAAUGUGAGGACUGGGAGCCGAGGAGAAAAACACUGAAGGAAGGGGACCCAGUAAAGAGGCGUCUAAGGCCAAGUGUAUUCAAAGUUGCCUCGUGCAGCCUUAGAUAGAAAAUGUACUUGGAACUGGAAUCCCAAUACGUUGAUCUUAAGGACCAUAGUGACCCCUGACCCGUCAAUCAAGCUUCUUUUUUUUUCCUACCUCCUUUCCACCAUCCGUCCAACCUGUGAUGUUGUCACAUCAGGUUUUCUCACAUUUUCCCCUAACUUGACAGAUAAUGGCAACCCAGGUUUAUGCUGUACAGUGAUACAAAGAUGAUAUUGAAUGAUAAUUGCUUGGUAAAACAUACUAUGCACAUGUGCGUUCUUAAGAAGGGUGUUUUUGGCCAUACAAAAACUCAAUUUGACUCAGGAAAGAUCACGUGUGUUACAAAUAGAGUGGUUAAUUUCUCGCACAUAUUCUCAAAACUGCGUGCUGCUAAAAAACGUAUCUGAUUUAAUUUCAUCAUUCCUACGCCAGCCUUCAAUAGUGACUACCGUAGUUCAUAUAAUAGCCGUUUAUGCAUCGACAGAGAGCACCGGUCAUGAAGAUGUUUAUUGAAUGAUAUGAGUAGAAUAUGGCACAAUAGCAUAUAAGAAUCUGGAGAUGUCAGCUUUACAGAUGCCAUCUCUGCACAACAUUGCAACCAAUAAUGUUUAUCAGACUUUGACGAUAAUGAGGCAUGGUGCCAAGGAUGCAAUGUAUUGAUUGUAUUAGAGUGGAGGCAACUAUUUGAGCAUCAACGCUUUGACAAGUGUGAUAGACAUUAGUGCUAGUGGGAAGUGUAUUGGUAUUAUGAUGUACGGCUUCUUGCAUUAACAAAACUGCCUUUUAAAAUUUGACUUGAAUGACGGAUCAUUUUAAGAUGCCAAAGGAGCUUUAAUAAUAAAUAUACUGUAAUAAUAUUUAGCUUAUAGCAUGACUAGGUUGUGGACAAAAGAGAAAGUUGCUGUUUUAUAGAGUAUAGAAAGAGCACAUUCACAGUAUAUGAAGGCCUAUUUGAGUAUUUGUUGGAACUGCCUCAGGUUAGGUCACAAAACAGUUUAUUAUAUUUAAGGUUAAUUUGAUUCAUACUGUAUGCUGGUUUAUUCCUGCUAUGUCCACAUGGUGUAAUUGCAGUUUUGUGGUUUUAAUUUGAACCCUGAUGUGGUCCCCCCCCCCCCCCCCCCCCCACACACACACACAUACAUACACACAUUUAAAUGUUAUACUUGUUCAAGCCCAAUUUAAUGCUCUUCUACGAGGCC